AUGGCUUCAGGAAACGACGCCAAAACCAAAUUACUAGCCAUUGCGCUAGUGCUCUGCGUCGCACUGUCCUUCCCGGGGGAGGGCGAAGGGAGGGUGCCCUUUGCAUGCGACCCUGGGAACGGACUCACCAGGGGGUUCAAGUUUUGCAACACGCACUUGCCCCUCCACGUGAGGGUGCAGGACCUCAUCGCCAGACUCACAUUGCCUGAAAAGAUUAGGCUCGUCGUCAACAACGCCAUCGCCGUGCCCAGGCUCGGAAUCCAAGGCUACGAGUGGUGGUCCGAGGCGCUUCACGGCGUCUCCAAUGUGGGCCCCGGCACCAAGUUCGGUGGGGCCUUUCCUGGUGCCACCAUGUUCCCGCAAGUCAUCACAACCGCUGCUUCCUUCAAUCAAUCUCUCUGGCGCGAAAUUGGACGGGUGGUGUCUGAUGAAGCAAGAGCAAUGUACAACGGUGGACAGGCUGGUUUGACGUAUUGGAGUCCUAAUGUGAACAUUUUCCGCGACCCACGGUGGGGUCGUGGCCAAGAAACUCCCGGCGAAGACCCGACCUUGGCCGCAAAAUACGCCGCCAGCUAUGUCCGAGGACUCCAAGGUGACGGGGCCGGCAACCGCCUCAAGGUGGCUGCUUGUUGCAAACACUACACUGCCUAUGAUCUUGAUAACUGGAAUGGUGUGGACAGGUUUCAUUUCAACGCCAAGGUGAGCAAACAGGAUCUGGAGGACACUUAUGACGUGCCAUUCAAAGCCUGUGUGUUGGAAGGAGAAGUGGCGAGUGUGAUGUGUUCUUACAAUCAGGUGAAUGGCAAGCCAACGUGCGCUGACCCUGAUCUCCUUCGCAACACUAUCCGUGGCCAAUGGCGCCUCAAUGGGUACAUAGUCUCGGACUGUGACUCCGUUGGAGUUUUCUAUGACAGCCAACACUACACAAGAACACCCGAGGAGGCAGCAGCAGAGGCCAUAAAAGCGGGCCUGGACUUGGACUGUGGCCCAUUCUUGGCGAUCCACACCGAUGCUGCCAUUAGGAAGGGACUCAUUUCCGAAAACGAUCUCAACCUUGCCUUGGCCAACCUUAUCACGGUCCAAAUGAGAUUGGGCAUGUUCGACGGCGAACCCUCGGCCCAACCAUACGGAAACUUGGGCCCAAGAGACGUGUGCACCCCGGCCCAUCAACAACUGGCCCUUCAAGCAGCCAGAGAGAGCAUAGUGUUGUUGCAAAACAGAGGAAACUCGCUACCACUAUCCCCUGCGCGAAUCCGUACCGUAGGAGUGAUUGGACCCAAUUCGGAGGCCACCGUUACCAUGAUAGGGAACUAUGCUGGUGUGGCGUGUGGUUACACGAGUCCUCUGCAAGGGAUUGCGAGGUAUGUGAAGACUGCUCAUCAAGCGGGGUGCAGGGGUGUGGCUUGUACGGGGAACGAACUAUUUGGGGCAGCAGAGACCGUAGCUAGGCAAGCUGAUGCCACCGUCUUAGUAAUGGGCCUUGACCAGUCCGUAGAAGCCGAAACAAGGGAUAGAGUUAGGCUUCUCUUACCGGGCCUUCAACAGGAGCUUGUUGCCAGGGUGGCUAGGGCCGCAAGAGGCCCAGUUAUCUUGGUCAUCAUGUCUGGUGGCCCAGUGGAUAUCUCGUUUGCCGUAAAUGACCCAAAGAUCAGUGGCAUUUUGUGGGUUGGUUAUCCUGGGCAAGCUGGGGGAACAGCCAUCGCUGACGUCAUCUUUGGUCAAACUAACCCAGGAGGAAGGUUACCCAUGACAUGGUACCCAGAAGGGUAUUUGAGCAAAGUGCCCAUGACAAACAUGGACAUGCGUCCAAACCCAGCAACAGGGUACCCAGGAAGAACCUACAGAUUCUACAAAGGACCUGUGGUGUUCCCGUUCGGACACGGACUUAGUUACUCCAGAUUCACCCACACCUUAGCCAUUGCUCCAAAACAGGUCUCGGUCUCCUUAACCGCCCUCCAACCCUUCUCAAACUCAACCCUUUCAAGCGAAGCAGUGCGGGUGAGCCACGCCAAUUGUGACGACACACUGGAGAUGGAAUUCCACGUGGACGUCAGAAACGAAGGCUCCAUGGAUGGGGCCCACACUCUUCUCGUUUUCACAAAGCCACCACGAGGAAAAUGGUCCCAGAUUAAACAAUUGGUGAACUUCCAAAAGACCCAUGUUCCUGCUGGCUCCAAGCAGCGCGUGAAGGUUGGUGUUCAUGUGUGCAAACACUUGUCCGUUGUGGACCAGUUCGGUAUUCGAAGAAUCCCAACCGGUCAACAUGAACUCCACAUUGGUGAUCUCAAACAUUCUAUUUCUGUGCAAAAUACGCACCAAAUCAACAACUGA